CCGGGCGGCGGCCCCGGUACCCUGCUGCUCUGCCUGGCCCUCGCCUCCGGCUUGGCGUUUUUCCGUUGUGUGGGUGCCGAUGCCAACGUCACCGCCGGCCACGGCACGGAGGGGCUCGCUUGCGGCGUGGCCGAGAGCUGCACGGGGAACGUGACGCAGCUGAGGCGGCAGGGUCACUUCUCCAGGUGCCCGGAGGAGUACAAGCACUACUGCAUCAAAGGGAGAUGCCGCUUCCUCGUGGCCGAGAAGGCGCCGGCUUGCGUGUGCGAGCGAGGCUACACGGGGUCUCGCUGCGAGAAGGUGGACAUCUUCUACCUGCGAGGCGACCGGGGCCAGAUCGUGAUCAUCUCCUUGAUCGCCGCCAUCGUCACCCUCAUCAUCCUCAUCGUCUGCGCCUGCCUCUGCAGCCACCACUGUCUGAUGCAGCGUAGGAAGAGAAAGGCAGAAGAGAUGGAGACGUUAAAUAAGAAUUUGCCUUCCAAAAGCGAGGACGUGCUGGAGACAGGCAUCGCGUGA